GAGGUCUUGACUGCAGAUUAAUCCAUAAUUUUAGGCAUUUACAAGCUGUAAAUGUCUUUCGCACGAUAUAUAUGAAUAAUAAAUUUUUUUUGUGUUGAUCUGACUGUUCAGUGUCAUAAGAGAACGUGCUUUGCUGUCAAAAUCUCUGAAGUUGUCAUUGUAUCUAAGUUAUAGGCUGUCAGACAGCUUUCCUUUUGUUUUAGUCAUUUGUUUAAUGUAUGUCGUCAGAAAGUUCGAUUAAUUAGGAUUUUAAUAAGAUAAAACACAUUCUGAAGUCAUGUGAUGCGCUAGCUGUGUAUGAAUGUCCAGUCUGUUGGUUCUAUUCGUGAGUGAAUUGUUCAUGAGAGUUGGGUGUUUUCAGUGAAUCGGUUGAACGCGAUGGAGCAAAAAGUUACUUUUAAUAAGCGAGUAGCAAUAAUUGUACAAAACAUAUGUUUUUUUUUUUUUUUAAAUCAACACCCAUACAAAAGAGGCUUGAUAAUCAUAACACAAUAAGCUUCAAACAUUUUAUUAAAACGUCCAAACGUAAAUGUAAAUAUAUUAGUAUGAAUAUAAAUGCAUUUUUAGGUUCUCAUCUUUGUUUUCAUGAAGUGAGUCAUUGCUGAAAAAAAUAAAAAACGCACUAGGAUAAAAUUAAACUCUAUUUAAACUUAUCAAACCUUAUAAAAAAUCUAUUCGCGUAUACAUAACUCUAAACUGAAACGUUUUAAAGCCUCGCCGGUGUGGUGACGUAUUUAAGUAAUGACAUAAAAAAUAAAAGGAAUCGAUUUGAACCGGUUCUUUAUUUCGAACUCUUCAAAAGAACCGAUUCGCGGAAAUGAGUCCCAUCAGUAUUUUACCACCGGCUCAUAGAGGAAUGUAGGCGGAGUUUUCGCGUUACUUGCUCUGGUUUACCUGAACGUUUGUAUUUGCUAUCUCACAUUCAGGUUUACUGUGGAUAUUUCAGCCAAAGGAACUAUAAUGUCGUAGACAAGUCUUGUGGUUAAUAUUUUUAAUAAAGUUUUGCUAGGAACUUGCAUCAGGAAAAAGACCAAAGGGUGGGAGCUGUGGUCCAGGGCUGGAUGGGGCGACCUCCCCAGACACAGAACCCCUCAUAAAGGAUCCAAGACCCAAGGAGCUCAGUGCCAUCUCACAUAUGGAUGUUCAGGGGUACAAAUGGGUGUGCUGGAAGGUGUGGUUGUGCCAUAUUGGGGCGGUAUGUUCUUUAGGCCUGCUGUUAGUGCUCUUCAACUGGCGCCCUCGCCUCGGCAUCCUGGCCCGCUGCAAAUCCUGUCCCAUUUCAAUGGCAGAUGUUUUACUAUUAAAGGACCGAUAUGGACAGGAAUUUGUUGUAGAUGUGCUUACAGAGGAGAUUGAGGAAGGCAGUUUGGAGUUUGCAGUAGGAGAAGCGGAUGAGAAUGAAUGUAGAGACACCGUGCAGCUACACAGUGAAAAGAAAACAUUGCUCAGAUACUAUGUGUUUGAGGGCAUGCGCUACAUAUGGAUUGCCAGAAAAGGAGCCUUUUGCAAAGCAAGCAUUCUCAACGAAGGCUGGACCUGCGCUGACCUGCAUGGCCGACAGCAAGGACUGAGUAAAGCAGACCAAAGCACAAGAAAGCAGAUUUUUGGGGCCAAUAUCAUUGAUGUACCUGUAAAGUCUUAUUUACAACUUCUCUUUGAGGAGGUUCUCAAUCCGUUCUACAUAUUUCAGGUGUUCAGUGUCAUCCUGUGGAUGUCAGACAGAUACUAUUAUUAUGCUGCUUGUAUCCUAAUCAUAUCCUUAAUUUCAAUCGGCGUGUCCCUUUAUGAGAUCCGUAAGCAAAGCACCACUCUCCACCGCAUGGCCCGGCUGGUAGUGAACGUGACCGUGCGCAGAGACACGGGAGAGGAGGAGUGUGUGAGCUCUGAGGAGCUGGUUCCAGGGGACUGUAUUGUGAUUCCAGCCGAGGGUUUGCUUCUGCCCUGUGAUGCCGCCCUGCUGGCAGGGGAGUGCAUGGUGAACGAAAGCAUGCUGACUGGUGAGAGCAUACCAGUGAUGAAGACGCCAUUGUCUGUGUCUGAAGCCACAUACAGUCCAGAGUCUCAACGCAGACACACUUUGUUUUGUGGCACACAGCUCAUCCAGGCUAAAGGAGGCGGGUCUGCUAGGAAUGGGGCCAUUGCUGUUGCAACACACACAGGGUUUUUUACUGCCAAAGGAGACCUUAUUAGUUCUAUCCUUUACCCUCAGCCAUUAGACUUUCGCUUCUACAAGGAUGCUAUGAAGUUCCUACUAUUUCUAGGACUUGUGGCUCUGGUCGGCACCAUUUAUAGCAUUGUGAUACUUUCAAAGAGCAAUACAACCUGGCAAGAGCUAGUCAUCCGGUCUCUGGAUAUUGUGACAAUAAUAGUUCCACCUGCUCUUCCUGCUGCUAUAACUACAGCCACUAUCUACGCCCAGAAUCGGCUGAAGCGUCAUGGGGUGUUCUGCAUCAGCCCACCUCGCAUUAAUAUCUGUGGCAAGACAUCACUUUUCUGCUUUGAUAAGACUGGUACUCUAACAGAGGACGGUCUGGAUGUGUGGGGCGUGAUGGAAGUUAGUGGAGCAGUAUUUAGUGAGCUGGUCCCUGACCCUCUCUUUCUCCCUCCUGGACGGAUGCUCUCUGCACUUGCCUCCUGCCAUACUUUGGCUUUGCUGGGGGGUCAAGCACUCGGAGACCCACUAGAGCUCAAAAUGAUAGAAUCCACUGGAUGGGAACUGACAGAGCCAGAGAAUGAGAUGGGACUUGAUUCUGAAUUUGGCAAACACAGAGUACUAGCAGUGAUGAGACCUCCUGCAUCUGAGCUCCUGUCACCAGGAAAUUCUGUCAGUCAGCCAGUGGCAAUCAUACGGCGAUUCCCAUUUUCCUCUUCUUUGCAAAGGAUGAGCGUGGUGACCGUUGGUCCAGGUGGAGCUUCUCCUGUCACAUUCCUUAAAGGAGCACCUGAAAUGGUUGCCAGCUUCUGCCUUAGAGAAAGUGUGCCUUCUCAUUUUUCACCCAUUCUCCGGGAGUAUGCGAGCCAGGGCUUCAGGGUCCUUGGAUUUGCUUACAAGCACCUCACUAAGGAGACUGACCUAAGCACUGUUGAAAGGGUGGAGGUGGAGAAAGACAUGAACUUCCUGGGUCUGUUAGUAAUGAAGAACCAGGUGAAGCCAGAGAGCGCAGAAGUUAUUCGCACACUUAAACUGGCACAAUUACGGCCUGUUAUGAUUACAGGUGACAAUAUUCUCACUGCUGUGAAUGUAGCACGUGCGUGUGGAAUGGUGCUGUCACAUGAGAAGGUUAUUUUUGUUCAUGCAUCGCCCCCUACUGCCAGUUCAAUGGCCUCACUGCAGUUUCAUCAAGGAGAUGGUGCAGUAGCCACCAUUAAUACUCAGGAGACUAUUGAUAUUCCAGCACAGGGUCUCUACCAGAACGGUGCCAGCUAUCAUUUGGCUGUAAAUGGAAUGUCCUUUGCGGCACUUUGUGAUCAUUUCCCUGAAUAUCUGCCCAAGAUUCUGCUGAGGGGAACAGUAUACGCUCGCAUGACCCCAGAACAGAAAACCCAGCUGGUAAAAGCACUGCAGAAACUCAAUUACAGGGUGGGCAUGUGUGGUGAUGGAGCCAAUGACUGUGGAGCAUUGAGGGCUGCUGAUGUCGGUGUGUCGUUGUCUGAGGCUGAGGCCUCUGUGGCGUCUCCUUUCACAUCCAAGUCUAACAACAUUAGCUGCGUGCCUCUACUCAUCAAGGAAGGCAGGUGUUCACUGGUAACAUCAUUCAGUCUUUUCAAGUACAUGGCUUUGUACAGUCUGAUCCAGUUUGCAUCUGUACUUAUUCUCUACACUGAGAAAACAAACUUGGGAGACUUGCAGUUCCUAUUUUUUGAUUUAGUUUUGGUGACCGUUUUGGCUAUAGUGAUGGGACGGGGAGGUCCCAGCGAUGAGCUCCAUCCCCAGCGACCCGCUGCCAGUCUUCUGUCUCUGCCAGUCCUGUCUAGUUUACUGCUGCACACUGUGCUGCUGAUCCUAGCCCAGGUGUCUGCCCUGCUUAUCACUGUGUCACAAGACUGGUAUGUGCCUCUAAAUUCCACUGUGACGGGGGCUGCAAACUUGCCCAACAUGGAGGACACAAGCAUAUUUGCCUUAUCGGGAUUCCAGUAUAUCAUCAUGUCUAUUGUGAUAACCAAAGGAUAUCCAUACAAAAAACCACUGUAUUACAAUUUUUUGUUUGUAGGUGCACUGCUGGUCUUCUUUGCACUUAUGAGCUGGCUGGUUCUUUUCCGUCAUACCAUUAUCCAUCAACUGCUGCAGCUCUAUGACAUCAAUGAUAUGAACUAUAAACUAUUGCUGGUGGCUGUAGCUGCACUCAACUUCUUCAUUUGCUACAUGCUUGAGAUUCUUAUUGACCGAGGUGCCCUGAACUGCCUUCGCAACCUCAGGGGAAAACGCAAGUCCAAAAAGCAGUACAAACGUCUGAACGUCCAGCUUGCAGAAACACCCUCAUGGCCGCCCCUGAACCAACCCUUGUUCCCAACACAGUGCUCCGUCAUCGGUGUUAGCUAACACCUACCUCCUGCUUUAGAAUUUCAGCUCUCCCAAUGCACAUAUCCAGGGUUGCCAAAGAUCUGAUACCACCUCUCGUGCACUAGUGAGGUAUACGCACCAGGUGUUGUCCUUGUCUGCCUAUUAUAUAUGGCACAAAACUCAUCAUGCAGCGACAAGAAUGGACUGUUAGUGAUGGUGUUUCAAAUAUAAAACAUAAAUGAAGAAUAAAAACCUUGAAGUAUUUUGAAAGGAUGUUCCGAUUGAUUUAGAAUAGGGGUGGAAACAUAUUUCCCCAGAAUAUGUCAUGUAUUUACCAAGAAAUAUUAUAUUUACAAUAAAUAAAUAAAAAAGGGCCUAUUGCCUUGAAAAGUGCUUAAU